UGGCGUGCUCGUAAGAAACUAUAGUAGUUAUUGUUCCGGGGUUCUCGUUUGCUGGGUCACAUGUUAUAGAAUAGCAAAUCAGUACGUGCUAACUGCGCUGGUGAGAAGUUAGUGUUAGUCGGGGAGCGAGUGAAAGGAGACGGGAGCGAUGACUCGUGGGAACCAGCGAGAACUUGCCCGGGCAAAGAAUAUGAAGAAGAAUCAGGAGAAGCAAAAAAAGCAGGAAGAUGGCUUGUCUGCAGCUGCUCGCAAGGAGAGAGAUGCUCAGAUAAUGCAGGAGAAACAAAAGAAGGCGAGUGAGAAAAAAGAACCAAAAUAGCGAUGUGGAAUAUCAUACGACUAAAGGCAAAAAGAUGACUAGAAGGCAUCACUCCCUCCCAAUAUCUGAACAAAUGGUGUUUACCCAGCUGCAAAGUCUUUGCUUUGAGUUGUUUCCAGAUUUUUCUUCUUCUUUCAGUUAAUUAACAAGUAGUAUAGUUGAAUUCUGCCUCAUGUACAUAAUAUAAAUAUACCACUUUAUCCUACUACUAAGGAGUUCUUUCACUUGCAUUUUUUUUUCCCAUGACUUAUUUUUUCUGCAUGCUGAUCUAUCUUUGGUUAAUUCAGCUCUUGCAAAUACACAUUCUAAGGACAAACUAGAUGGUGUUAGGUCCUUUAUCAAAUGGAAGUAACCUGUCUUUUUGUAUUCACGGUGAAUCCCGGUGAAUAUUAAAGUAACUUUUUCUGUGAA